AACCCGCUCUGAAAAAUGGCAGAAACCGCUCCAGCCCCGGCCGCUGCCGCCCCGCCGGCCAAAGCGCCCAAGAAGAAGUCCGCCUCCAAAGCCAAGAAAGCAGGUCCAGGCGUCGGUGAGCUGAUCCUCAAAGCCGUGUCCGCGUCCAAGGAGAGGAGCGGCGUGUCGCUCGCCGCCCUCAAGAAAGCUCUCGCCGCCAGCGGCUACGACGUGGAGAAGAACAACUCCCGCGUCAAGCUCGCCAUCAAGAGCCUGGUGACUAAAGGCGCCCUGCUUCAGGUCAAAGGGACCGGUGCCUCGGGAUCCUUCAAGAUAAGCAAGAAGCAAACCGAGACCAAGAAGAAACCGGCGAAGAAGGCGGCUCCUAAAGCGAAGAAGCCCGCGGCCAAGAAACCCGCUGCUGCCAAGAAGCCCAAGAGCGCAGCUGCAAAGAAGCCCGCCGCUAAGAAAUCGCCCAAGAAGGCCAAGAAACCCGCCGCUGCAGCCGCCAAGAAGGCGACGAAGAGCCCCAAGAAGGCGAAGAAGCCGGCAGCGCCCAAGAAAGCAGCCAAGAGCCCCAAAAAAGCCAAGGCUGCCAAACCCAAGGCAGCAAAACCAAAAGCUGCCAAACCUAAAGCUGCAAAGCCCAAAAAGGCAGCCCCCAAGAAGAAAUAAAUAGCUUAUCUUUUAUUCCCCAACGGCUCUUUUCAGAGCCACCCACUAACUCUGAAGAAGGAGCAAAAGAUCCGUAUGUUGACUGUUGUAGAAGUAAAUUACUGUAAGACUAUCUGAGUUCACCUCGACUCGGUAAUUACAUGUUAU